CAUCUCGUUCCCCCUUGGCUCCCUGCUACUUAUCCACACUAUCAUCAUCUUCUUGUUGUAAAACAACGAUAUCCAAAGCAUAAUAAGCAGCUAGCCCACAACUAUGGCGUCUCCGGCGCUUCUCCACUCAUCUGCCUCGUCGUUUCACAGCCAUUUUCCGGCGCUUUCUUCGAGGGGUUCUCUCCGUUUACCUGGCCGCCACAGUUUGACGGUGAAGGCUGAAACAAACAUAGUCCUGGUUGAGAAAUCCCAGGCGGAAACGACCAGUCGCUUGAAAAAAUCCUAUCUUGAAACCAUUGUUCCCCUUCUUAAAGAUGAGUUUUCUUACACUAACAUUCAUCAGGUUCCUAAAGUUACGAAAAUUGUUGUAAAUUGUGGUAUUGGAGAUGCGGCUCAGAAUUCUAAGGGUCUGGAUGCGGCAGUUAACGAGCUGGCACUGAUUACUGGACAGAGGCCUGUAAAGACACGUGCAAAGAAUGCUAUUGCUACUUUCAAGAUCAGAGAAGACCAGCCAUUAGGGAUUGCUGUCACUUUGAGAGGAAAUGUGAUGUACUCAUUUCUGGAUAGGCUAAUUAACUUGGGGCUUCCUAGGACAAGGGACUUUCAAGGUGUGAGCCCCAACAGCUUCGAUGGCAAUGGCAAUUACAGCAUUGGUUUUCGCGAGCAAAGCGUGUUUCCUGAGAUUAGUUAUGAUGCCCUUGGCAAGCCGAGAGGAAUGGAUGUUUGCAUAUCCACAACAGCUCCAACAGAUAAAGAAGCUCACAAACUUCUAGCUCUUAUGGGAAUGCCAUUCAGAGAAGGUGCUGUUUCCUCGAAUGUGGUGCGCAAGAAGAAGUUGAAACGUCAUCAUUUCGACUCCAAGGCAAAGCAGAGGGCUAGAAGAUAACAAUCUUUUCACUGGAUAUGUGAUUCAUAAGAAAUCUCACCUGUAAUUGCUUAAGUUUUGUUGGACUAUCAGAUCAAUUUACCAUUUGUACGAAUAUUAUAAAUUUGACUUUUGCUGUAUGAGAAUUGAAACAUCACAAGCUGCAAGGGUGUUAUAAAAUUGGUGUUUAUGCA